AUGGAGGGCGCUUGGUUGGACGAUCCGCAUCUUUCUUUCCUCAUUGCUGGAAGUCUUAUAGAAGCUGUUGGAGAUCCAGGAAAUCAGCGACUGAGAAGACAUAUCAUGGAUGUUAUGGAUCGGUUAGUAUCUUCCAACAAUGACAUAGAAAUCAUAAGAUCAGGGGGCAAUGCAGAAGGAUUUCGAAUGCGAGGAUCAGAUGUUGACCAAAUGCAUGUCACUAAAGGAAUUAAAGUUGUAACAGAUAUUCCAAAAUCUUUGGGAAAGUAUUUGGCGGUUGUCAGAAUGAUUAAGAAUGCUGAUGAUCCUCCAGGCUACGUUAAACUUAUUGUUCUGACACCUCGAACACCCUUAGAACACAUUAGAAAUGCAAUGAAAAUGGUGGACGGGAAAUAUUAUUUACUGAACGAAGCAUUUUUAAGAACAUUUCAAACAUCUUCGAAAGAUGGGGUUCGUCAUGGUCCUUGUGUCUUGGAGACAACUGAGUACGGGACAGAUCAUGAUAGAGCCUAUUGUUUGGAGUACAAGGGCUGGCCAGUCUGCGCAGAGGAAUGGGUCAGACGCAAACGAGAAUAUGGAUGGCCCUCUAGAGAACUUAUUAACAGAAUAAAAAACACAGGAUGCCACGUGAUGGCGGUAGGAUCCAAAAAAUUAAAUUUACAGAUGGAAGAUCUCGCUUCAUCAGAUGAAUCGUGCUGGACAGAAGAUGAAUUGCAAUGGCGAAUAUCGUUUUCCGUUGUUGAAAAGAAAUUAGUUUACACCUUCAAUGACACUCAGUUUUUGACGUACGGAAUUUUCAAGCUUUUAAAUCAAGAACUAUUUUCCAAAGAUCCUAUUCUGAAAAAAGGUAUUUGUUCUUAUUUCCUCAAAACUGCAUUAUUUUGGACGAUUGAAGAGACACCAUCAGAAUACUGGAAACCAGAGCGGCAAGUUUUUUGUGUUAGCCUCUGCUUUCGACGUUUAAUUACAUGGAUGGAGAAUGGAUUUUGUCCAAAUUACUUUGUUAAGGAAAAUAACAUGUUUUUAGGAAGACUACAAGAGUGGCAAUUAGCAUAUAUGGCGACUCGGGUUUCAGAGCUAUAUACAGAAGGUUGGAGGUGUUUGCUAAAAUGUCAUUCCUUGUAUCAUCUUAAAAAGGCGCUGGAAACCGCUCGAAAAACAAUAACACCAUAUUCUUUUCCGAUCUCUAACCCAGAAGAAGAUUUCAGAAUUCUUAAAUCUAACCCUAUCAGCGAGACUACAAGAGAACAGAUUCUCGAUCUAGGGUUGUUUAGUGAAAUUCUUUCAAUGCACGCAAAACUUCCAUCUGUAAAAGAGCUAGAAUUGGAACUUAGAAAUUCUGCAACAUUAGAGAUUACAGAAAAGUACCUAGAGACUUUAGAUAUUGAUAUACUGAGACUUCGUCGCUACCAAAACCUCUGUUAUCUUGCUCUUUUUUACUUUAAUAUCUCUGUGAUGAAAAGCACACCACGUAGUCGUUAUAAAUACAUCAGGAAAGCAUUUUCGUACUUGAACCAUGCUCGAUUUGCGGAUAUCAGCAAAGGAAACUUAACUCUGGCUACAGCUCACUAUUGUCUUGGAAACUUUAAAACAGCUCUUGAAUAUGUCAAACAAUACGAGGACAUUUUGGAACAUUGUCUUGGAUACAUUUAUAUAAGCGUCCGCCACGGCUGUUAUGCUGUUGGGAACUAUGAAGAAAACUUCUGUGGACGACAAAUGAGUGCACUGGAAAAAGCAUCACUGGCAGUCUCGUAUGAAUUUGAAGUCCACAGGAUGAUGCCGCUUGUUCCUAUUGAAAUAGCUUUAGAAAUUUUCUUAAUGAAAAACACUGAAUCGCGUCUUGUCAUACCACCAAAAAUGUACUCGGUGUUUCUAAAAAUUCUUUGCCAAUCAAAUUUGUGCAAUCUGAAUGAGGUUGAAAAAUUGUCACAAUCAUUGAAAUACUGUCAUCAAGAAAUCAAAGGAGAUUUUCAAAAAUACAACACAGACCGUCUCUACUUGAGCUACACUAUGCUUGCUGUGACAGCAAUCAAACUAGGGAAGUAUGAAGAAGCAUUACGCUAUUACUGUCUAGCCCACAACAGUAAGAGAAGAUUGAUGUGGCAGUCUUCACAGUGCCCGGAAUGGCAAACCAGAACUUCUGGUCUAUUUUACAUUGCCCAACUUCUCAGAAUUUUAAUGUGAAAACGACUAAAUU